AUGGCGUUCAAUUCUCCUAGCCUUGGAAACCCUCCUUUGCCUUUUCGUCCUUCUCAUCCGAGCAAAUCUUCCUCUGACAACUCGUCGCGUGCCUCAAUCCGUCCGGUGCCGGCUUAUGAACUCGAUCCUCUUCUCCGAACCCUCUCCCCUGAAGCCACCCUGCAAGCCCUCUCCUCCACCGAUGCCGUGCCUAACAAUGAGAAAGCCGCUCAUGAUGCGCUCUCCCAAAGCAUUUCGCAAGUCUCCCCGGCAGACCGCGCGCUGGGAAUUCGCGCGGCGAUCGCCGCAAAAAACCUAACCCUGUGGUAUAAGGAAGUCCAAUCGUGGGAAUGGCCAAAACGAGCCGAUGCACAUCAGGGUAAAGCGUUCAUUCCUCCCUCCCCGUCGACUGUCACAGAUUCAGGUGUAGAAUACCUCGGAAGUCUCCCGUCUGCCGUCGUCGAACAACAUGGAGCCCGCAUCGAGGAGAUUCGUGAUGCAAUGGAUAACCUGGGAGUGGAGGAGUUGAAGGAACAUGUCCUCAAUGCCCACAUUCCAUCGCGGUCUCGGCCUUCGUCAUCCGGUAGCACCAUGUCCAUCCCACCUCCCCUCAGUUAUGUACAACUCAGCGACUUCACCGCCGUUAUCACCGCCACUAUCCUACGCGCCCUGCCCACCCUGUCGCGUCUCAACACCUUGCUUUCGACCUGGGAUGUGCGGCUGUUGGUCCUUCGUCAAAUUCCCAGUCUCCUCUUGAGCUUGCGCCUCACCAAAGACACAUUGGACGACGCGUUUCGCGCUCUCAAGUCGCGCGAUACGCCCACCGAACAUGAUCCUCUCUAUUCCCGAUCGAAUUUUCAUGGAAAACAGGCGGAGCUGGGUGCAGCCGUGGCUGCAGCGGGUCGAAGAAUGGAUAACGUUCUAGAUGCCCUUGAAGGACGCGAAGAUUCGUUGCCAGAAAACUGGAUUGAUGAUCUCGAGACUAUCGAGUCAGAGUUCAGCACGUGGGUUGUGGAAGCUGAGAAGCGCUCAGCUGAGAAUGAAUGGUCGCGCGCCAAUGCAGACCAUCCCUGUCAACAAUCCGACGAUGCCCCUCGUGUUUCAGAACCAGUCGUCACCACAUCCGAUUCGGCGCGACGCAACGCACGUUCCUUCCCCAUGGAGACAAUCGCUGAAGAAGAAACCACGUCCGUGGCGCCAUCUGUCAACGAAACUCUAGAUAAGCCGGAGCCUGAAUCGCAAGCAGAUCCUACGUCCAUCCCAAAAAUAACAGAGCGACUUGCGACCCCGAUUGAGCAUGACGCGACGCCUGUUCCUCAGCCUGUUCGUGAAGAACCUACUUCCUCAUUUUCCGAGUUACAAAAGCAAAUAACUCCGUCGCCCGAAAUUGCGCAACCGGAACGACCGCGAACUGCGAUUGAUUCACCACAGCUUUCUCCAAAAUCGCCUCCCGCUCGUGACACACAAUUCGAUAAAUCUAUCCCUCCAUUCUUCCUCGAAGCCCCUCUGCCUCGCGAACUCGAGCAGGCUCCGGACACACGAGCGAACAUUGCUAGUGGUAUAACACAAGAGUCUAUACCAGACAGCCAGACUCUUACUGGAGAGCCUGUUUCGGUCCAGGCCGAGCCUGCCAAUGAUCCGCCCAGCAAGACUGUUCCUGAGCCACUUCCUGUCGCUAUCGAAGAUAAACCCGCGGCUCUGUCAAGUGCUGUGGCCGCUGAUGAUGCUCCAGUUUCUGUUUCUGCCUCCCUCCGGGAACAGCCACCUCCUGCCGUCAAACCCUCACUGGAACCCCUACCGUGCUCGUUGCCCGAAAUGGCAAAGGAAGCCACACUUCAGCCAAACUCAUCUGAAGAAGACGGUCCUUCACCUCCUAAACAGCAUCUGGAAAGCCCGAUCAAACUUGGCCGGCAAGCAGGUGAUAAGAAUGGCAAGACUCGUCAGCGUGUCACAUCGGAUGCUUCCAUGGGUUCUCUCUCCUCUUUUCCGUCUCUCAUGUCAAGCCCAGAUUUCCAAGAACCGCAUGCUGAGUCGUCAAACGCAACCCCUCUGUUCCUCGACACCCCGCCGCACUUCCAGGACGUCUUCGGCCAGCCUGGCGUUGCAUCUUCCAAUAAUGACCAUACCUUGCGAGAAGACAGCCUACGUCGCUUCGAUCAGAAAGUUUCGCCACGACCGCAGCAUAACCGCGCAGUUAGUCUACCGCUUCAGCGAUUCAUCAACGAACGAUUGGAUAUGAACUACGAGAAUGGGGCUGGCAUGGAGGACAGCCCUAGCAUGGGUAGAAGGCCAUCUGUUGCCUCCCAUCCAGAGCAGCAGGAGCCCACGAAUCGUGAUGGUGCUUCGACACCUACCGCUCGUUUCCGACAACUUGCAUACCGCUCGGAGACGCCCCGUGACACGAAGACGAGGCCCACGCCGAUCCGCUCAAAGACUGAUGGUCCAGUCUCUGGGCCUCGGAGUUCCCCUAGGAAGGUACCUCUGAGAACCUCUGCCCAACGAUCGCUUAACGCACAGCCUUCCGCCCGCUUCGCUACUGCUCGUCUUAGCAAGGAGCUCAAUAACAAUGGGAGCCGUGAGAGCCUCACAAGCCGUGGAAGACCAGGGUCGAAGUCCCAGUCAAGAGCGCAGACUCCGGCAGACCUGGCUCCUCGUAAGACCAAUUCUGGAUCGUCCACUCCGUUGUCGAAGAAGAAGGAUUAUCUGGACGAGAAGAUCAGUACCAUUUUAGAUACUCUUCCCGCCCGCAUCCAACUGCUGUCUGAAGCGCAGGAUGACGAUGAUACAUUUUCUGUGACUUCUGCGGCACCGGUACCAACGAGGGGAAGAUACCGGUCAUCAUCCUCGGCAUCGCUCUACGGCGCGCCUGCCCCAUCUUUGACACUCACUCCUGCGCAUACUCGUCGAAGACAAUCUUUUGCACGCGGACCGGAGGAAAGUUCUGUCAAGCUUUACCAUCUGCAUAAGAAUGGAAAGUCAAAGCCUACAAAACUCUUUGUCCGCUCUGUGGGAGAGAGUGGCGAGCGCGUGAUGGUACGAGUUGGAGGUGGAUGGGCAGAUCUCGGCGAAUACCUGAGAGAAUAUGCCAUCCAUCAUGGGCGACGACAUGUUUCUGAAACUCCUCGCGUUGAAGUUCAGGGGCUUAAGUCUCAUGAAUCCACUCCUGGAAACAACAUGCUCACGCCAGCUCCAAGUAACGGCCGGAGAACGCCAUCGCGCCCUAGGUCUGUUAUCAGCAACCGACCUACCUCAUCGCUGGCUGUCCGCAAAACCCGGCGGGCGUCCAACGUGUCCGAUGCGACGGAUUUCCGAGCUGCCAGCUUUGGCGAACCCACUAAUCCGUCACACUCACCAAUGUCUACUCGACGACACUCUGUGUCUUCGAACAAUUCAGUUGGCACGAUCUCCUUUGCAAGUGAGGCCCACUAUGGCUCGUCCGCCCACUCACCCGCAACCACCAUCGCCGCUGGCAGCUCCCGUUCAACUCCACUGGGUCUUGCUGGACCCAAGCCACGAUCCCGUCAGAAAUCAAUGAGCCCGGAGAGUGAAGCAUGGGUCGAAGAUGUUCUGGGCCAAGCGCGACGGAGCUCUUUGAGGCCUAAGGGCAUGCCCCCUACAGACAGGGAGACAACACCCGAUGUGCCGCCUGUCCCAGCUUUGCCAAAGGUUCGCAGUGUUAGCGACAUGGGCUCUGCUGGUAACAGCAGACGAGUCAUGCUCCGGGGACUUGACAGUCGUCGGAAUUCUAGACAGGGAUAA